CUUUAUCUCACUUGACACAGAUAAGUGGAGAAUUGGUGUCUGUCAUUGUGAUGUGAACCCGAGGCUGAAGUCCAGCUGUGGCUGGGCAGGAGGAGGCUGUGUGUGAAGAAACCUGCCAUUCACUGAACUCUGAAUCUGAACUCAGCGGUCGCCAGACUUGUUUGCAUUCUGGUGCUUUGUCAUUCCGGCAGAGGAGGCUAAUACUGUGUGUGAAAGUUCAGUGACAACAUAUAUUCUGUCACCUCACACAAGGCGCUUUAUUGAAGAGGAAAGUGCAGGAUGAGGUGUUGGGGAUAUUGGGUGCCAGCUCCUGCGGCCCUGAUGCUUCUGCUCUGUGUCGCUGGAGCUGACACGGAGCAUCUCAAAGCUGAGAACCUGCAUCUACUUCCCCCGGAGGACCAGAACAUGGUGCGGAACCGUGAAAUGAGAGCGCUGCCCAGAGACUGUCAUGAAAUGCUGAUGAUCUCGUCAGGCCAGGCCACAGAUGGUGUUUACCUGAUCCAACCAGGCGACUCGCCCAUUGUGGCCUACUGUGCCAUGCAGGAGGGAGGAUGGACUGUCGUGCAGCACAUCACCGUCAACAGCAGUGUGAAUUUUGACCGUACCUGGGCCGAGUACAAGCACGGCUUCGGGGGGGUGUCUGGGGAUCACUGGCUUGGGAAUGAACACCUUCAUCAGCUCACGCGCGGCCCUGGACGUUAUAAACUAGGAGUAAAACUUGUAGGCCCGGACGCCGUCACCAAGCUGGGGGAGUAUGACCCUUUACUAGUUGAGGACGAAGCGUCGGCGUACAGGUUGAGGCUGGGGCUGUUCCAGGGCACGUCUGUAGACGCUUUGACCCUGGACACAGAGAACUACCUGCACGACAACCAGAGGUUCACCACGAAAGACAGAGACAACGACAACUACUUCCAAAACUGUGCCAAGCUGGAGUUUCAGGGGGUUCCUGGAGGAGGCUGGUGGUACGAUGCCUGCGCCGGAGCCAAUCUAAACCGCAGGAAUGUAAUCUACUGGCAAAAGGACUGCAACAAGGAACGACUGUGCAAAUAUGCAUGGAUGAUGGUGAAACCCUCAGACACUGUUAAACUGAUUUACAGCAAAGACUGCAUCAAGGACGAGCUAUAAGCUGACUUAUACUAAGAGCUAAGUGACCAAUAUUAAGGACUAAGUGUUCAGCUUAAGGUUUUCUUUCUAUGAUGGGUAACAUCAAUAAUUUUCUCUCAUGCUGGACGUUGAAUUCACCACAUUUUAUUCAGAAAUCCAUGGACAUAAUCACAUAAUACUGAAAAGAAACACAAAGAAAAGAAUCACAAGCUUGGAACACAGUAUAAAAAUGCAUUACUGUUUUAACUCUAGCUAUGUUUCCAGCAAGUCAGUACAUGAAGCCAAGCAUGUCUUUUGUUCCCCAAAUUGCAAGUGCAGAUUUCUGUUUCAUCACGGUAAUUAAAAAAGGGUUUCAUGACAUUUAGCUUAUCAAACAUCUUUUGCAUCGUCUUCCUCCCACUGUCUACAGAAAGGAACAUUUCACAAACAAAGCAUUUUUGCCACAGUACAUUACAAGUUUUCCAGAAAUACAAUAAAGAUAUGAAAACAAAUUGAUUUAGUUACAGUAAUUCAGAAAAAACAAAUACUGUAUUUCAAUACUCAAAGGAAAAUACAAAAACAAAUCCUGAGGAUGAAGAGUAAUAAACAGAUUAUAUUUAACUAUGUGUGCUCUCAAACCCUCCAGACCGUUCUCUAUGUAAACAUGUGAUAUUGUUUAGCAUGUUUGUCAUGUUGUUUGAAUAAAAUUGGUCUUUUUAUUUUUAA